AUGGGGACCAGCAGUCAGAUCUCUCUGCUGCUGUGGAAAAACUGGACCCUGCGAAAAAGACAAAAGCUUCGGUUUAUUGUAGAGCUUUUAUGGCCACUGACCCUGUUUGUUGUCUUGGUUUGGUUGAGAAAGGCGAACCCGCUAUAUCAGCAACAUGAAUGUCAUUUUCCCAACAAGGCCAUGCCAUCUGCAGGAGUCUUGCCCUGGUUACAGGGAAUGUUCUGUAACGCCAACAACCCCUGCUUCCAACACACAACGCAUGGAGAAUCAGCUGGUGUCGUCUCGAACUACAACAACUCCAUUUUGGCCAGGUUCUAUGCCGAUUCACAAGAACUGCUGUUCUCAAAGCCAGAAUUCCAACAGCUAGAAAGGGUCUGGGAAGAACUGGGUGUCAUGUCUGAUUUCAUGGACACAAUCAGAACCAACCCCGCUAGAAUUUCAGGUCGAGGGGUCAAAAUUGAAGACAUUCUGAAGGACGAUGAAACUCUCACUGGGUUUUUGUUAAGGGACUGUAGAUUCUCUGACUCUGUCGUUACUCAGCUAAUUAAGGCCCAAGUGCGCAUCGAACAGUUUGCAUUCGGGGUCCCUGACUUGACUCUGAAGGACAUUGCCUGCAGCCAGACCCUGCUGGAGCGUUUCAUCAUCUUCACCAGCCGACGUGGAAUGCAUGCAGUGCGCAACGCCAUGUGCGUCCUGAGUCAGCAGAGACUGCAGAAGAUUGAGGACGUUCUCUAUGCAAACAUUGACUUCUUUAAGCUCUUUCACAUUCUUCCUUCAGUGUUGGAUAAUCACUCCUCUGGUGUGGACCUACGGUUCUGGGGCCAAGUAUUGUCAAAUGUUUUUGUUUUAUUACAAGAGCUAAUCAAGAGAAACAGUUUUAACGAUCUGCUUCAGGUCCUAUACCCACUUUUCCAAGAUGGCGGCCCAUCUUCCUUCACACAGCUGAUGAACUCGGUCUCUAACCUGUUCUGUGGGUACCCCGAGGGAGAAGGCUCCAGAGUGUUCUCCUUCAACUGGUAUGAGGACAAUAAUUACAAGGCUUUCCUGGGAAUAGACGGCUCCAAGAAGCAGCCCAAUUACGUCUAUGACAAAACGACCAGCCUAUUCUGCAAUUCACUGAUCCAGAACCUAGAGUCUAACCCAAUUACCAAAAUAGCCUGGAAUUCCAUGAAACCCCUGCUGAUGGGAAAGAUCCUGUAUGCUCCUGACUCUCCUGCUGUGCGGCAGAUAUUAAAAAAUGCUAACACCACCUUUGAGGAGCUGGAGAGACUGAGGAACAUGGGGCUGGCCUGGGAAGAAGUGGGUCCUCAAGUGUGGAACUUCUUUCAGAGCAGUGUACAAAUGAAUAUGAUCCGAGAUACAAUUAAAAACCCUACAGUGACCGGUUUCAUUGACAGACAUCUUGAAGAUACAGAAUUUUCAUCCAAAGAUAUUCUUAACUUUCUCUACAAUGGACCCCCGAGCAGUCGACCAGAAGACAUGCUGGACUUUGAUUGGAGAAACAUCUUUAAUGUGACUGACCAGGUCAUCCGCCUCUUUAACCAAUACGCAGAGUGUCUGAAUCUGGAUAAGUUUGUAGGCCAUUCUGACGAAGUCCAGUUGACCCACCAAGCUCUAUAUCUCCUACAAGAAAACAAGUUUUGGGCUGGAAUUGUCUUCCUUGACAUGUUCCCUUGGACCAACAAGCUGCCAACGCAUGUAAAAUUCAAGAUCCGCAUGGACAUUGAUGUUGUGGAGCGAACCAAUAAAAUCAAAGACAGAUACUGGGACCCUGGCCCAAGGGCAGAUCCCCUGGAUGACCUGCGCUACAUCUGGGGAGGGUUUGCAUACCUCCAGGACAUAAUUGAACAUGGCAUUAUCAGGAGUCACACGAAUAAGGACGUGCCGCUGGGGCUCUAUUUACAGCAAAUGCCAUAUCCAUGCUAUGUAGAUGACCUCUUCAUGCUGACACUCAACCGAUGCUUCCCCAUGUUUAUGGUGCUGGCCUGGAUCUACUCUGUCUCCAUGAUCGUCAAGAGCAUCGUGUUGGAGAAGGAGUUGCGCCUCAAGGAAACACUAAAGGUCAUGGGCGUCUCUAAUGGUGUGAUCUGGUACACCUGGUUCAUCGACAGCUUCCUAAUGAUGGCCACCAGCACAGGCAUCCUGACCUUUGUCAUCAUGGAAGGGAAUGUACUGCACUACAGCAAUCCUGCCAUCGUUUUCCUGUUCUUGCUGACGUUCACCGUGGCAACCAUAAUGCAGUGUUUCUUGAUGAGUGUCUUCUUCAAUAAGGCCAACCUGGCAGCGGCCUGCAGCGGCAUCAUCUACUUCACCCUUUACCUGCCACACAUCCUGUGCUUUGCCUGGCAGGACCGCAUCACCAAGAACAUGAAGAUAUUGGUGAGUUUGCUGUCUCCAGUUGCAUUUGGCUUCGGUACAGAAUAUUUAUCCCGCUAUGAAGAGCAGGGUCUUGGGCUGCAGUGGGACAAUAUCUGCACCAGUCCAUUAGAGGGCGACGACUUCAAUUUCUUCUGCUCCAUCAGGAUGAUGGUUUUUGAUGCUUUUUUUUAUGGUGCCUUGGCAUGGUACCUUGAUAAUGUGUUCCCAGGUCAGUAUGGUAUAGCACGGCCUUGGUAUUUUCCACUCCAGCAUUCAUACUGGGCAGGACCUGAGCCCUCUCUGCCUGAGAAACCAGCCCCCACAGAAGAUAAAGGAGAGAUCAAGGAUGGAAAAGAGGAAGAGAAGAGCCAGAAGUCUUCAGAGAAGCCGGUGACUGAGAACAAAACCGAGAGCAAAGAGCCUGAGAAGAAACCAUGCAAACACAAAGAGAAGCAGGAAAAGGAAGAGAAGGAGAAGGAAGAGAUGCUAAAGAAAGAAGCUGAGGCAGAGAAAAAGGAGGCUGAAACUAUUCUAGGUAACCCUUUCCUUGAGGCUGAGCCAGCAGGCCUGGUGGUUGGUGUGGUGGUCCAGAACCUGGUGAAGGCUUUUGAUGGCUGCAGCAGACCUGCGGUGGACGGGCUGAACAUAACCUUCUACGAAGGGCAGAUCACUUCUUUCCUGGGACACAAUGGAGCUGGAAAAACAACAACCAUGUCGGUCCUCACUGGUUUGUACCCUCCAACCUCUGGCACUGCCAUCAUCAAAGGGAAGGACAUCCGGACCGACAUUGACACCAUUCGACAGUCAUUGGGCAUGUGCCCACAGCACAACAUCCUCUUCCACCACCUAACAGUAGCUGAACACAUUCUGUUUUAUGCCCAACUGAAAGGGAAGCCGAAGGCAGAAGCUGAGAAGGAGGUGGAGGAAAUGUUAGAAGACAUUGGCCUCCCUCACAAGCAGAAUGAAGAGGCACAGAACCUGUCAGGUGGCAUGCAGAGGAAGUUAUCUGUAGCCAUGGCCUUUGUCGGAGGAGCAAAGGUGGUCAUUUUGGACGAACCCACUUCUGGAGUAGAUCCUUAUUCAAGGAGAUCCAUCUGGGAUCUGCUACUCAAGUACCGCUCAGGCAGGACCAUCAUCCUGUCCACACACCACAUGGAUGAGGCUGACCUCCUUGGGGACCGGGUGGCCAUCAUCUCCAAGGGGAAGCUGCUCUGCUGCGGCUCCCCCCUGUUCCUCAAGAACUGCUUCGGCAUCGGCUUCUACCUCACCCUGGUGCGCAGGAUGAGAUGCGUCAAGCAAGACAAGAAGAAGGAGAGUGAAUGUGGCUGUAAAGCGGAUUGCUCAUGCUCGUGCUCUACUUGUACCAAAUUCAAGGAAGAAUGUCAUACCCAGACCCAGACCCAAACCCACACCUUCGAACAGGAGAUGGAUGGUGACAUAGAGAGUAUAACCAGCCUGAUUCACCACCACGUUCCGGAGGCGAAACUGAUCGAGAUGAUUGGUCAGGAGGUGACGUAUUUGCUGCCCAAUAAAGACUUCAAGCACCGGGCCUAUGCUAGUCUGUUUCGGGAGCUGGAGGAGACACUGGGUGACAUGGGACUCAGCAGUUUCGGGAUCUCUGAUACCUCACUUGAAGAGAUUUUUCUUAAGGUUACUGCUGAUGCUGAAACAGCCACAGGCGUGGGGAACCCAGAAGAGUGGAUGUUGCAGCACAGGAAAUUAGGAAAUGGGUUCAGUGCAGAGAAUGCCGAGGUGAAGCAUUUGGCUUCAGCCAAUGGGCAGAGGGCCCCUGAGAACUCUCCUAAUGAUGCGAGUGAUGGGAAAGGCUCUCAGCAGAUCAAAGGUGCAGGACUGGUCUUUCUGCAGUUCAAAGCCCUUCUGAUAAAGAGGUUGUACCAUGCCACCCGCAGCCAGAAGGAUUUCCUUGCACAGAUUGUCCUGCCUGCAAAUUUUGUUCUCUUGGCUCUGAUUUUUACCCUUAUUAUCCCUCCUUUUGGGGAAUAUCCCAGCCUAUCUCUGCACCCAUGGAUGUAUGGCAAGCAGUUCACCUUCUUUAGCAACGAGCAGCCUGAAAGUGAGCCAAUGAAGCAUUUUGGUGAUGUUUUGUUAAACAAACCUGGAUUUGGGACACGCUGCAUGAAGAGCGAACCGUUAGAGAAAUACCCUUGUAGUAAUGCCACCACUGACUGGGAGAUGACAUUUAUCCCUCUAAAUGUUACAAACCUUCUGAUGAAACAAAACUGGACUGAGAACAAUCCUUCCCCAGUCUGUCAGUGCAGCACCCAGGAGAAGUUGACCAUGCUCCCACAAUGCCCUGCAGGAGCUGGGGGGCUGUCCCCACCACAGAGACUUCAACCAACCACAGACAUUGUACUAGACCUCACCAAUAGGAACAUAUCUGAUUACCUCGUAAAAACAUACCCAACACUGAUCAGAACAAGUUUAAAGAGCAAAUAUUGGGUCAAUGAGCAAAGAUAUGGAGGGAUCUCUUUUGGAGGACAGCUUCCAGUCCUCGACCUCAACACGGAGUAUGUAGCUGAAGUCUUCAUGCACCUGGGACGCAUGCUUAAUGUUACUGGGGGUAACUACUCCAAGACAGUCUUAAGGGAAUUACAACCUUUUCUUAAAUAUAUGGAAACUGAAUAUAAUGUGAAGGUAUGGUACAACAAUAAGGGCUGGCAUGCGAUGGUGUCCUUCUUGAACGUUGCCAACAACGCGAUUCUCAGGGCGAAUUUACCAAGUGGAGCAGAUCCAGCAGAGUAUGGAAUCACUACCAUCAACCAUCCAUUGAACCUUACCAAAGAGCAGCUCUCUGAGGUCACUGUGCUGUCUACCUCUGUGGAUGCCGUGGUGGCAAUCUGUGUGAUCUUCGCCAUGUCUUUUAUCCCUGCGAGUUUUGUCCUCUACCUGAUUCAAGAGAGGGUCACCAAAGCCAAACACUUGCAGUUUGUGAGCGGUGUGAGCCCAACAGUUUAUUGGAUAUCUAACUUCUUCUGGGAUAUGUUGAAUUAUUCAGUGAGUACUGCUAUGGUCAUUGGGAUAUUCAUCUGCUUUGACAAGAAAGCAUACACUUCACCAACCAAUCUUCCAGCCCUUGUAGCAUUACUGCUCUUGUAUGGCUGGUCUGUCACUCCGUUGAUGUACCCGGCUUCCUAUCUGUUCAGUGUGCCCAGCACCGCCUAUGUGUCCCUGUCCUGCAUCAACUUAUUCAUUGGCAUCAACAGCAGUGCUGUCACUUUUAUUCUGGAGCUCUUUGAAAAUGACCGGUCUCUGUUGAAGUUAAACAAAAUGUUGAAAAACGUCCUGAUAAUAUUCCCGCAUUUCUGUCUGGGGCGAGGGUUGAUUGAUUUGGCUAUGAACCAAGCUGUGACUGAUGUGUAUGCCAGAUUUGGUGAAGACUAUGUGGUUGACCCUUUUCACUGGAAUUUUAUUGGAAAGAAUAUUUUUGCCAUGGCAGUUGAAGGCAUUGUAUAUUUUGCCCUGAAUAUCUUGAUCCAGCAUCGCUUCUUCCUUACUCACUGGCUAUCUGAGGGAAAUAUAUCUCCUAUCAUUGAUGAAGACCAGAAUGUUGCAGAAGAGAGGGAGAGAAUGAACAAAGGAGGAAGCAAGAAUGACAUUCUGAAAAUCAAAGACUUGUCAAAGACCUAUAUAGGCAGAAGCAGACCAGCUGUAGACAGAAUUUGUGUUGGGGUCCCUCCAGGAGAGUGCUUUGGCCUGCUGGGAGUAAAUGGUGCUGGAAAGACAACCACUUUCAAAAUGCUUACUGGAGACACUGAUGUUACUUCUGGAGAGGCCUCUGUAGUUGGGUACAGCAUCCUGACUGACAUCCUUGAAAUACAUCAGAACAUGGGAUACUGCCCUCAGUUUGAUGCCAUCGAUGAUCUGCUGACAGGACGUGAGCACCUCCAGCUGUAUGCUCGUCUUCGCGGGGUCCCAGGAGAUGAAGUCAACAGGGUGGCAGAGUGGGGCAUCCAGAAGCUGGGUCUCCUUGACUAUGCUGAACGCUGUGCUGGGACGUACAGCGGAGGAAACAAACGCAAACUCUCCACUGCUAUUGCUCUGAUAGGCUGUCCUCCCCUAGUUCUCCUGGAUGAGCCCACGACUGGAAUGGACCCACACUCCCGACGGUUCUUGUGGAAUUCCAUUAUGAGUGUCAUUCGGGAUGGGAGAGCUGUGGUGCUUACAUCACACAGUAUGGAAGAAUGUGAAGCCCUUUGCACCCGUCUGGCUAUAAUGGUGAAUGGAACAUUCAAGUGUCUAGGGACUAUCCAGCAUCUCAAAUACAAAUUUGGGGACGGUUACGUUGUUACCAUGAAAAUAAAGGCUGCUAAGCCUGGAGCUCCUCCGGACCUGAAAUCAGCUGAAAGCUUUAUAGAGGCAAACUUUCCUGGCUGCCUUCAAAGAGAGAAACACUACAACACAUUACAGUAUCAGAUCCCAUCCUCGUCCCUGGCCAAGAUCUUCCAGCUUGUUGUGUCCAACAAGGAUAAACUCAAGAUUGAGGAUUACUCGGUCUCACAGACCACGCUCGACCAGGUGUUUGUGAACUUUGCCAAGCAGCAGACAGGUGAGGAUGAGGAUCUUACUCUGCAUCCCAGAGCUGCUGGGGCGAGGAGGGACAUAAAGGUAUCUCCAGUCAACACUACUGCAUAUUCAUCAUGAGGAUGUGCCAAUCGCACAUACAAAUGGACAGAAGUAUUAAUUUUGGUAACAAGUGGCAUUAUACAUCACAUCUAAGUAUAUUACAAUACAGCUUAUCCUGUGUCGUCCCUUGCUAUAGAACGCAUAAAAAAACCACAACCCUUUUUUAUGUUCAGUCGCAAUUCCUGAGUUGAUAUGUUGUGUGAUUUAGUGGUACUUAAAAUUAAAUAUUUGAUUCAACAGCCUUCAUGAAAGAAAACUGAAAAACAAAUCAUGGCUAAUAACCUACAAAACAGUAACUGAGUGUUUGUUGAAACUGGGGGUGCUGUGUUUAGCAACAGCACACUCACCAUGCAGUAUGUACUUCUUUUAACAAAAUCAUUUCUCAUUGCUUUAUACAGAUUUAUUUGAUUAAAAUGGUAAAACAAUACUACUGCAGUGUGUGUG